AUGUCUGGUGAAAGCACGUCAGGCGUUGAAAUGCUAAUCGGUAUGGGACACUUUAUACAAUGGAACACAGAGCUAGUUGACUUCCAAGUUAUGUUUUCACUUCCUCGGAUAUGUAUGACACUGUUCCAGCGAGCCGUCAUGCCAGAAGGUAAAGAUCCUCUGGACAAUUCGACUAUUGGCGAGGGGCAUCUUGCCGAACCACCUCCCACAACUACCAGCAUUCGAAGCAUACACUCCGCUGGUGACUUGUUUACACAUCCUGCUGACCUUUGGUUACAGUCAGCAGAAUUCUAUCAUGGCUACCUUCCAAGAGAAGACAUACCACCACUUCUGCUCAAGACCGGAGACUUUCUUGUACGUUUGAGCGAG